AUGUACAAAGAAUAUUGGUCUAAAGAUUUCAUCAUACCGAAAGUUGGAAACCCAAGGCUUGAAAAAAAAAAGGAUCUUGGUUUGUUUUCAAACAUGUGUCAUGUCCACUUAUUGUCACAUUCCGAGCCGGCAAAGAUGUUAUCAGUUACCUCCAUUCUCUUAAUAUCCUUCAUCUUACGUGUUGGAUUCUUUCUAUUUGGCCUCUACCAAGAUGAGUAUAUGCCUUUACCGUACACAGAUAUUGAUUAUUAUGUGUUCACAGAUGCAGCUAAAUUCGUGGCUGACUCUCAAUCGCCCUUCAUGCGUGCAACCUAUCGGUACACCCCAUUACUUGCAUGGAUUCUAAUUCCAACAACUUUUAAAUAUAACCAAUUAUGGUUUUCGUUUGGUAAAUUGGUCUUUAUUGUGUGUGAUUUAAUUACGGGAUAUUUAUCAUUACUCACAUUACCUUCAAAUCAUUCGUUUUUAUCAAUUAUUUGGUUGUUCAACCCAAUGGUGAUUACAAUUUCCACUAGGGGUUCUUCUGAAUCCUUACUGACGUCUUUCAUUCUGCUUUCGACAUAUUUUUUGGUUAGAGCUAAAAACUCAAACAAAUGGUUAAUUUCAUUCUCCGGAUUGUUGUUGGGCGUUUCCAUUCAUUUGAAGAUAUACCCGCUAAUUUACGUUCCAACAUAUUUGUUAUUCGUUGAUCCAAAUCAACCGUUGCAUAAACCAAUGACUAUGAAGAGAAUACUAUUUGUUAUCUCAUUGGUAAUUGGUUUUAUCUCUUUAUCAUAUUGGAUGUAUUCAAUUUAUGGUAUGCGGUAUCUCAACGAGGCAUAUUUUUACCAUUUGAUACGAUUAGAUCAUAGGCAUAACUUCAGUGUCUACAAUAUCUCACUAUAUCUUCACUCCGCUCAAGACAAGAUCAGUUCAUUACAAUUUGAAAAGAUAGCCUUUAUUCCACAAUUAGGAUUUUCACUGGUGAUUGUACCAUUGUGUCUACAAAGAGGCUUUAAAUAUCCCAUACUCAAGGACCUAUUGAUCUACAAAGUAAUGUUCAUUCAAACUUUUGUUUUCAUAAUGUUCAAUAAGGUUUGUACAUCACAAUAUUUUAUAUGGUUCUUAUGUUUGCUUCCGCAGUAUCUUGCCUCUACAAAAUUGGGGGUGAGGAAAGGUCUGGCAUUACUCGCCGGAUGGAUAUUAACUCAAGGUUUAUGGCUAUUCAAUGGUUGGAGGUUGGAAUUCCGUGGUGAUUUGAACGUUUUCCAAACGGGUUUGUUUUAUUCCAGCUGUGCCUUUUUCCUGUGGAACGCUGUCAUGGCAAGCGAGUUCAUCCAUGAUGUGAAAAUGCAGAUCUACGAAGCUGAGCUCUUAAAGGAUAAAACUGAAUGA